AUGAUUGCAGCAGGUAAAAAUGCGGUCACUAAAGUUCUUAAAAAGCACGUGAAAUUCCAUGAGGAAGAGGAACUUCACAUUGCACAGAAAACGAUUCCUAGUAGUGAUGGUCCUCCUGGGUUUAACAAGCGACAUUUCCAGGCUGCGGCAGAUUCUGAUUCUAGUGAGGAUGAAGCACCGGAAGAGGAAGGUAUUGCAGACGCUAGUAUGGCCGCUAAAUCUAAUCUUCUGCUUAGGGAACGUACAUUAAAGCGGGAGCAAGACUUGUUAAAGGAGAAGAGAAAGCAACAGUAUAAUAAGUUUGCUGAGCAGAAGGAACUGAAAAGAUUAAGAAAUGAGAGGCAACACAAGGAAGAAGCUGAGAUCGAGUCUGAAACCAAACUGAAAGCCAAUGUAUCCUUCGAAGAAGACGAACUGCGGGAAUUGCCAGAUGAAUUCUUUGAUGACCUGGAAUCUCAAUCCAGUCAGAAAAUUAUGAAACGGCCAACAAAGGUUAACUUCAAUGAAAUAGAUGACAAUUAUUCUGAAGAAAUAAAAAGGGAGAUCAAAAUUCAGAAGAGGAAGACAUUGAAAUCGCUGAGGAAAGUAUCCCUAAACAGAGGACCUGUUAAAGUUAGCAUGCUACCGUCUUUAGAGGCAGCCAAGUCGUUAGCUCCCAAAAAAGAAUCGAAAGUAUUGAAUACUAAAGAGAAGUGGUUAAGGAGAAAGAAUCUUAAUCGUAAGUAA